AUGGCUUUGAACAUGGGCGGGUCACCACUCUUUCACAAAAAGUCGAAGAGUCGUAUCGCCACCAAGCACAGCAACCAGGACGGCGAAAAUAUGCAUAUUCGAAAAUGGAGCUCCUCCAGCUCAAGCUCUCAAGCCUCUUCUGAGAGUUCCGAUUGCAGGCGAGCCCGUUACGGUCCUCUCUCCUCACAUCCUCCCUUGAGCCUCAACACAUCGCCACGCGGCGUACCGGGAUACGACAUGGCCCGGUAUAGAGACGACGAAGAACGGGAGAGCCGGUUCUUUAAUCAGACCAACCAUGUCGAGGAUCACAUCCUAGAGCUGGCCGAAUACUCGCCAGUAAAGGGCAGGAACUGCUAUUUCGAGCGGCCCAAGGGACGGCCAUAUGUCUACGAUCAGGGUUCGCAGUGGCCCCUCAAGGACUGGCAGGCCACACCGCCGGGCUUUGCGGAGAUGGACUCUGCGGCCACUUCACCAUCAUCUUCUCCCACACGACCCACGCACCACCGCAGACGGAAUACGGACUGGAUGAACGAUGCCGACGUCUUCGUCAAGCGUGGGGCUUGGAAGCGCCAGGGCAUCGUGUUCCAUCUCGAUUCAAAGGAGCAGGAGUUGCAGGAAGAGCACUUUGAGCUUCCCGAGUAA